GCCUGCCCCCACCAUGGGUCGACAGAAGGAGCUGGUGUCCCGCUGCGGGGAGAUGCUGCACAUCCGUUAUCGGCUGCUGCGCCAGGCGCUGGCGGAGUGCCUGGGGACCCUCAUCCUCGUGAUGUUCGGCUGUGGCUCUGUCGCCCAGGUUGUGCUCAGCAGGGGCACCCACGGUGGCUUCCUCACCAUCAACCUGGCCUUUGGCUUUGCUGUCACACUGGGUGUCCUGGUUGCUGGUCAGGUCUCUGGGGCCCACCUGAACCCUGCUGUGACCUUUGCCAUGUGCUUCCUGGCACGUGAGCCCUGGAUCAAGCUGCCCGUCUAUACCCUGGCACAGACGCUUGGAGCCUUCCUGGGUGCUGGCAUCGUUUUUGGGCUAUAUUAUGAUGCAAUCCUGAGCUUUGCCAACAACGAAUUUAUCGUGUCUGGCCCCAACGGCACAGCGGGCAUCUUUGCCACCUACCCCUCUGGACACUUGGACAUGGUCAAUGGCUUCUUCGACCAGUUUAUAGGCACAGCUUCCCUCAUUGUGUGCGUAUUGGCCAUUGUGGACCCCUACAACAACCCAGUGCCCCGCGGCCUGGAAGCAUUCACUGUAGGCCUGGUGGUCCUGGUCAUCGGCACGUCCAUGGGCUUCAACUCUGGCUAUGCUGUCAACCCUGCUCGGGACUUUGGCCCCCGUCUUUUCACGGCCAUUGCAGGUUGGGGCUCGGAGGUUUUCACGACUGGCCGGCAUUGGUGGUGGGUACCCAUCGUCUCGCCCCUGCUGGGCUCCAUCGCGGGCGUCUUUGUGUACCAGCUCAUGAUCGGCUGCCACCUGGAGCAGCCGCCACCCCCCUCCACCGAGGCAGAGAACGUGAAGCUGGCCCACAUGAAGCACAAGGAACAGAUCUGAGAGGGCAGCACCCCCAGCCCCUCCCUGGAGCAUCCACGGACUGUGCAGGGGCCACUCCCUGGGAGCCACCUCCCUGAACCUGCCC